AUGCUUGGGAAUGUCUUAGCACGGAAACGAGGACGCAGAAAGAAGAGGAAUUCGCUGACACCUCAAAUUGAGCAUUGUGUUUCUCCCUGUAAGCAGGAAGCGCAGUCAUCAGACGAUGCGAAGCCGUGUCAAAAUGUUCAAAAUCGCCGAAAUAACCCGAGAAGAGGUGUGCAAGAUGUGUCAAAUCACAAGAUCACUGAGUUCUUUCCUGUUCGAAGAAGUUCUCGAAAAACCGGGAAACAACUUGAGGAAGAAGAGAAGGGCGCUCUGCGUGAUGCGAUAUACAACAUGACGAACGAAGCAUUAGUUGAAGUUUACAUGGACGAAAAAAAAGGACGUGGCAUCCGAGCGGGCAAAUCUUUCGUGAAGAACGAGUUUGUCAUCGAAUACAAAGGUGAUAUGAUGGAUUAUACUUCGGCGAAAAUUCGUGAGGAGGAGUAUGCUAAAGACCCAUCUAUUGGUUCUUAUAUGUAUUUUUUCAAAUACAAAAGCAAGAGAUGGUGUGUGGAUGCGACAAAGGAGUCCAUUUACAAGGGACGUCUCAUAAAUCACAGUGCAUUGCGCCCCAAUCUGCGGACCAAGGUGGUUGAGUUUGAAGAUGGCCUCCAUCUCAUCCUGGUAGCGAAACGUGACAUAGACGAAGCUGAGGAGCUUCUGUAUGAUUAUGGGGAUCGUACGCCAGAGACUGUGGCAAGGAAUCCUUGGCUUGUGAAUUCUUAG